AUGACGAGCCCGAUCUGCUCCACACAUCUUAGGAAGGAGUCGAGGGCGAUUCUUCCUUGCUCACAAUAUCAUCCCAUAUCGAGGAUAUCAGCGCAUUCAAAGUUUAUAAAGAAUAACCCUUGUGUUUACGAUCCAGAAACGCAUAAAGCGGUAAGCCCUGUUGGAAAAUCUUCUAAAAUGGUCUUAGAAACGCGUUCGUUGAGGCAGGGUGACGAGUUGAUUCAUACAAAUACUGCUUUCAUUUCUUCGCACGAAAACGAAAGCGAAGCCUGGCCUUCCACUUCAUUAAAAGGUGCUUUGGAGCCCUUUUCAUGUAAAAAGGAGACGGGUCAACGCAAAGUCGAUAAAAAUGAGAAAAAAUUGGGACAAACACCCCGGGAAAAUGUGGAUGUGCACACGAAUAUUAGCUAUGUUCGUUCGCCAGCUUCGGUGUAUAGCUCGAUAGAAACUUCCAUCGUCGCCACGACGACGAGUUCGGCUUCUCUUAACUUUGUGAACCCCUCACUUUGUCCACCAUCCCAACCCCACUCUUCGCCACCUCGCAGGAAAAGGCCAAAUCCCCAACCAACCAACAACGAAAAAGACGCCACCACAUCUCCAAGGUGCAUCUUUCCUAAACCACCAAAGAUCCAUCCCGAUAUUUAUAUUAUCAAUGAUGCUAAGGGCGCCAUGGAAGCGGUUGAGCAGGAUGGUCGAAUCACGCGGGAUUCCCGCGACGGCGUGAACCAUUCUCCUCCCUUGUCGGCGCAUCGAAGUGGACUUCAUCAUUCGAUGCUUUCCCGGGAUGCUUUGCUGCGAUCUCGAUUGGGAUUCCCGCCGGAAGCCUCGGACGGGGUUGUCGAAACGGCGCCGAAUGGUUUGGGUGGAAAUCCAUCCCGCGGCCCGAGCCCGCUUAAUCGCAAAGAACUAAAGCCUCAACUCCAAACCACGCUGAUUUCUAUUUUUGAUCCAGAAGAUCCUCGCAGCGAUGGUGUGGGCGUGGCGGAUUUGGAUUCCCAAACCCCUAGGAGGUUAUCCAAUUUAGUGGAAUGCGCGUCCUCUUCGAUAAACAACACCCGUUCUUUUAAGAAGCCUACGGCGCAUGGGUACCCCGAGAAUUCUCCCUUGUGUGGCUCCUCCUUCAAAAAAGAUUUGCCCAAUCCGAAAAUUCAUACCCCGGUCCCACCUGCCAUAGUCGAUAUCGUUAGCUCUGGAUCUGCGAAUGACAAAACGGAUUAUAUUUCUCAUGGGCGGGAAGUAGUCCAAAAGAAAAGUGUGAAACGACAACUUUACAAGAAUGAUAAACACACACACCGGACGAGGGCCUCUCAUCCCUUCAUUCGACAUCUCGAUUCCUCCGAUUGGGGGGGUAUUUAUCCUUUAGGGGGUCAAAAGAAGUGCGUGGAGGAGGACGACAAGGCGGAAGAGGCGCGGCGUUUGCGCCGUUUACAGAAAUAUCACCACGACCUCGACGUCAUCCAAAACGGCGGCCGUGAAGUGGUGAAAAGUGAUAUGAAAAGCAGCGCCGACCUAACGCGGUCGCUUUCACAUUUUCGAAACUGGAGCCGCGCGGUUCAGGAUGGCCUAUUCACCUUUCAAUCCUUAUUUCCAUCCCCACGUUCAAGUCCAACUUCCGCUGCCAUCGAUCGCCAUGAUGUUGAAUACCGCGAAGGCGAAUGUCAGGGGGAGGAAUCGCCAGAAGGUCAUUCAGGGAAAAGCCCCAUCGAGGCUGCCUUUCCUGUUCAAUCCCCCGCUUUUCAGAGGGAAAAACCUGACGAUGAUAGACUGUUAUUUCGCCCCAUCCCUCGGGGGAAAAAAUCGUCUAUUACGUUUGAAAUCGAACAAAGUCCGAUUUCGGACUCUUCCAUGAGUGAUAGCAGCACGGACUCGGAUUGGGACCUUCCUUGUCAAAAGCAAGGCGCUUUUUUGAAAUCAAAAUCGAUCCCAAACACGCCUACGGCGAUUCUAAAGUAUAAAACGCAAUACAAAAACCCGUCAAAAUCCUUUAAUGAUGAUGCGGAAGAGGAAGAUGAGGAUCUAAAGUGCUUCUCGUUUUAUUCCUAUGGCAAAAAGAUUCAGGCGGACGCUGGGGGAGGCGAAUGA